AUGCCCGAGCGUUGGGCCUACACCCAUCCCCUGGAGGGAAGAUUGCCUGGGAUCAUGGAUGGCGAUGCUGCAUUCCCCCUGUCCAGCUUGAUGAACAUGGCCCGAUCACACAUCGAUGCCGAUUCUAUCACAAAGCCAUCCCUGCCCAGCGCAGCCAAACAUCGGCCGCGCGACGUGACAGACAGCUAUCUGAUGGCCCGUCUAUGCAACUCCCGCACUGGCCGGUGCACACGGUACGACGAUUAG